AUGGAGAAACUUGUUUCAAGCUGGUUUGAAGUUGAACUUCUCCCUGAACCGUAUGUCUUCCCACCAGAAAAAAGGCCCGGAAAAGUCAGUUUUCCUCUAGGAAAGUCCAUUCCUGUACUUGAUCUUGGCAGUAGUAAUGAUCAAAAUGAAACCAUUCAGCAAAUUAUGAAGGCUAGUGAAGAGUUUGGAUUUUUCCAGGUGAUCAAUCAUGGAGUUUCUAAAGAUUUAAUAGAUGACACAAUGAAUGUUGCCAGGGAGUUCCAUGCAAUGCCAGCUCAGGACAAGGUUAAUGAAUGCUCCAAGGAUCCCAAUGGUAGCUGCAAACUUUACACAAGCAGCGGAAAUUAUGAUACUGAAGAAGUUUAUUACUGGAGGGAUUGUUUAACCCACCCUUGUUAUUCUUUAGAGGAAUACAUGCAAUUCUGGCCUGCAAAACCAACCAAAUAUCGAGAGGUUGUUAGCAGAUAUUCAGUUGAGGUAAGGAAGCUGGGGUCUAGGAUCUUGGAACUAAUUAGCGAAGGACUAAAACUCCGCACUAGCUACUUCAGUAGUGGUCUUAACGAAAGUCCAACAAUAGUCAUCAAUCACUAUCCGCCAUGUCCUGACCCAACCUUAACUUUGGGAAUACCUAAGCACCGUGAUCCCACUGUCAUCACUAUUCUUCUUCAAGGGGAUGUUCAUGGUCUUCAAGUCUUCAAGGAUAGCGAAUGGAUUGGUGUUGAACCUCUUCCUCAUGCAUUUGUGGUUAACAUGGGCUAUGUGUUACAGAUAGUCAGCAAUGGCAAACUUAAAGGCGCUGAUCAUCGAGUAAUGACAAAUUCAAGUCAUGCUAGGACAACUAUUUCUGUCUUUGUGCAUCCAUCAAGUGAAACUAUUAUAGAACCUGCAAAAUCUCUGCUUAAUGCUUCUAAUCCCCCGAUCUAUAGAGCCCUCAAAUUUAAAGACUUCCAAAAUGAAUUUUUAUCCAAAGCUGCUGAUGCUGAAGCUCUCCACCAGUUUAUUAGCUCUACAACUGAUUAACCAGCAGUUCAAUUUGUUUUUGUUAGAAUAUUAAAGAUACA